GGCAGAGUGGGUUUUGCUGCUCUCUCCGUGUCCCCUCACAGGACACACCCCCGAGGGGUGUGGGCGAGCUCGGGGGUGUCGCCGCUCGCCCUGGGCAACCCCGCGGAGCCCCGGGAACGGAACGGAACGGAACGGGAGCCCCGGGUCACCUCCCCGGGGAUGUCGCGGGGUCCCGGGAGAAGCCGGCCCGGCCACAUUUCCUUAUCCGGGGCUCGCCGUGCCCCUCGCCAUUGGCCCGCGCUGUCACAUGGACUCAACUUUGUUCACUUGACAAAAUUAAUGGCCAUGAGCUCGUUUUUGAUCAACUCCAACUACGUGGACCCCAAAUUCCCACCCUGCGAGGAAUAUUCCCACAGCGAUUACCUUCCCAAUCACUCGCCGGAAUUUUACGGCAGCCAGAGGAGGGAGAGCGCUUUCCAGCAUGGAGCGAUGUACGAGGAGCGCUCGGCCUGUAAGGAGCAGCUUUACAAA